GAUCUUGAUCCUGGACACCUGGUUAGCUUACGAUUACUGUGUAAUUUGUACGGUUGAAUCAAGAAGUCGUGAAUUGAAGGAGUGAAACAACACAAGAACCAAAAAUGCAUUACUGGGUUCGAGCUACAUCUUCUGAUUUCGCUGGAACUCCUCCCCAACCUCGCAGUGGUCAUUCUGCUGUUAAUAUCGGGAAAUCCAAGGUUGUCGUGUUCGGGGGUCUUGUUGAUAAGAAGUUUCUCAGCGACAUCGCUGUCUAUGAUAUUGAGGCCAAGCUAUGGUUUCAACCAGAGUGCACGGGAAGUGGUUCAGAUGAGUAUGUGGGUCCCAGCCCACGAGCAUUCCAUGUUGCCGUUGCCAUUGAUUGUCACAUGUUCAUUUUUGGGGGCCGUUUUGGGAGUAAAAGGUUGGGGGACUUUUGGGUUUUGGAUACUGAUAUAUGGCAAUGGUCUGAACUAUCUGGCUUUGGUGACUUGCCUUCACCGCGAGACUUUGCUGCAGCUGCAGCAAUUGGAAACCGGAAAAUUGUUAUGUGUGGUGGAUGGGAUGGAAAAAAGUGGUUAUCUGAUGUUUAUGUCUUGGACACAAUAUCCCUUGAGUGGACGGAGCUCGCAGUUUCUGGGACAUUGCCACACCCUAGAUGUGGGCACACUGCGACAAUGGUUGAAAAACGGUUGCUUGUUUAUGGAGGAAGAGGAGGAGGUGGACCAAUUAUGGGUGAUUUAUGGGCCUUGAAGGGUCUUAUUGAAGAAGAGAAUGAAGCACCCGGGUGGACUCAAUUAAAGCUUCCAGGUCAAGCUCCUUCUCCCCGUUGUGGACAUACAGUUACAUCUGGAGGACACUAUUUGUUGAUGUUUGGAGGGCAUGGGACUGGUGGAUGGUUGAGUCGUUAUGACAUAUAUUAUAAUGAUUGUAUUAUAUUAGAUAGAGUUUCAGCACAGUGGAAGCGACUGUUGAUAGGCAAUGAACCCCCUCCUGCUCGAGCAUACCACUCUAUGACGGUUAUUGGUUCACGGUAUCUGCUAAUUGGUGGCUUUGAUGGGAAAUCAACUUAUGGUGAUCCAUGGUGGUUAGUCUCUCAAGAGGACCCAAUUGCAAAUAGAUUAACUGCAUCUCCACCCAGAAAUAUUCCGGAAAGUAAGGAUGCUGCGUCACUCAAUGAUGAUUUUCAACCUCAAUUCAAGGAAAACCAAACAGAGAAAUUUCCUUUUUCAGAAUUGCAGAGAAGAUUGCAAAUAUCAGUUUCACUGUCCAUUUCCAGGCUUCCGAUUGUAAAUGAGUUGGAAGAUCAAGAGUUUCUUGAAUUAGCAUCAAAGUUAGCAGGAGAAAAAGUUUCUACAAAUUCACUGGCAAUUGAAGCACUUCGUGAACACUGGAAGAAGUCUGAGUCAAAUAUGGUGAAACUCAAAGAGCUUGGACCGUUGCUUCGGGAUUACCAGCGUCUAAUUCACCGGUGCCAUGUAGAAAGGAGUACAUCUGAUCAGCAACCUGGAUUUGGUGAACUUGUGGUGCAUCAAUUUUACCAUGUCAAAAAUGUUUCUCAGUUGCGCAUGGAUGAUAUUCCAAAACUUUUGGCGGAGUACAAACAGCUACCUGUAUGAACAUUCGUUUGAUGAAAAUGAUUUUUUUUUUAUCUUUUCCUAGAGACAAGGAACAAAAGAAUUGCAUGAUGAGUAUUUUCUAAUUUAUAUGAAAUGCAAAACACGGCCCCCAAGUUAAAAGUAUUCAUGAUUCACUGUGAAGUUUUGGUAUA